AGGGCGAAGGGCGUUUGGGUUCCGCCGCCGCCGCCGCUGUCUGGGCAGGGGAGGGGUGGUUUGGAAGCAGGAAGCGAGGCACGCCGAGGUCGUCGCGGGAGCAGCUGGUGAUCCCCGGAGGAUGAACCACAAGAGCAAGAAGCGGAUCCGCGAGGCCAAGCGUAGUGCGCGGCCGGAGCUCAAGGACUCGCUGGACUGGACCCGUCACAACUACUACGAAAGCUUCUCGCUGAACCCGGCGGCCGUGGCGGAUAACGUGGAAAGGGCAGAUGCAUUACAGCUGUCGGUGGAAGAAUUCGUGGAGCGAUAUGAAAGACCGUACAAGCCCGUGGUUCUGCUGAAUGCCCAAGAGGGUUGGUCUGCGCAGGAGAAGUGGACCCUGGAGCGCCUAAAAAGGAAGUACCGUAACCAGAAGUUCAAGUGCGGUGAGGAUAAUGACGGCUACUCGGUGAAGAUGAAGAUGAAGUACUACAUCGAGUACAUGGAGAGCACUCGGGAUGACAGCCCCCUUUACAUCUUUGACAGCAGCUAUGGUGAACACCCCAAAAGAAGGAAACUUCUGGAAGAUUACAAGGUGCCCAAGUUCUUCACCGAUGACCUCUUCCAGUAUGCUGGGGAGAAACGCAGGCCCCCUUACAGAUGGUUUGUGAUGGGGCCACCGCGCUCUGGAACUGGAAUUCACAUCGACCCUCUGGGAACCAGUGCCUGGAAUGCCUUAGUUCAGGGCCACAAGCGCUGGUGCCUGUUUCCUACCAGCACGCCCAGGGAACUCAUCAAGGUGACCCGUGAAGAAGGAGGGAACCAGCAAGAUGAAGCUAUUACUUGGUUUAGUAUCAUUCAUCCCCGGACACAGCUUCCCACCUGGCCACCUGAAUUCAAACCCCUGGAAAUCUUACAAAAACCAGGAGAGACUGUCUUUGUACCAGGAGGCUGGUGGCACGUUGUCCUUAACCUUGACACCACCAUUGCCAUCACGCAGAAUUUUGCCAGCAGCACCAACUUCCCUGUUGUAUGGCACAAGACGGUAAGAGGGAGACCAAAGUUAUCGAGGAAAUGGUAUAGGAUCUUGAAGCAAGAGCACCCCGAGUUGGCGGUGCUGGCUGACUCCGUCGACCUGCAGGAGUCCACGGGGAUCGCCUCCGACAGCUCCAGUGACUCCUCCAGCUCCUCCAGCUCCAGCUCGUCCGACUCGGACUCCGAGUGCGAGUCGGGGUCUGAAGGCGAUGGGACGAUGCACCGCAGGAAAAAGCGGAGAACGUGCGGCAUGAUGGGCAACGGGGACACCACCUCCCAAGACGACUGUGCGAGCAAAGAGCGCAGCUCCUCCAGGAUUAGGGACACUUGCGGAGGCCGGGCUCACCCCUGAGCCAAUACAGAGACGCUCCCUGAGGUGGCUCCUGUGUGCGCUGUGGGCGGCCGCCCGACUCAGUUUUCACAUCUCCUGCUCCCACCUUCUCCUUUGUCUCCUUUGAAUUCGGAUCAUCCUUCUCUGGUCCAAGCUUCUGUCUUCGGUCAAAUGCUGUUCUUACCGCUUGCUAAGAGUAGAGGGUCGAGAAGUUUCAGAGCUCAGUGAGACCCGAGACACUGGCAGCCGGCACGCUGCGGGGCCAGGGGUCUGUGCUGUCCCCUCUAAGCUACGCUGCUCGACCUCGAGGCCGCAGGGCUGGGAUCCCUUGAGUGGCUCGCCGCGUCUGAUUCCUCAGCGACACGGGUGAGGAGCCUCUGCUCUCCGGGAGCCGGCGGCGCACCAGCAGGCCCCAAGGGGCGAGUGGAUUCGGAUUUGCGUCUGAGCCAAUCACACGUAAAAAGUGCCACUCCCGUGCCACCCCCAAUGUCACCCACCCAGCCAGUGUGGGCGGCGCCACUCACCACCGCGAGCUUGGGCCUUGGACACGGGACCUUCUCGCCACCACCAGACGGGCUCGGGAAUUCCAGCAGCAUUUCCCUGCAGUGUGUUUUGGGGCAGGGAUGACGUAUCAGGGUUUCUGUUUAGAAACGGGAGGGGAAAGGUCCGGUGUGUGCUCCCUGCAGAAUUCAAGUUGUGAACAGGGCCCGCUUCCGGCAGAUGGGUCUUUCUCCCCACGUGAUCCAUAAAGGCAGAAGCUCUCGCUCUCUGAGAGACGUCACGGUCAGUGUCCCCGCUGGUUAGACCCGCAGACAUUAGGUAGAUGGCUUGGGCUGCAGGUCAGAAUAAACACACACGUGGUGCUUCUGGUCUCGGGUAUGUUGAGGCUUCUGAAGGCCUCUGGU